GUUCUGGACACAGGAGAACAACUGAUGGUCCCCGUGGACAUCCUAGAAGUGGGUGACAGUGGGGCCUUGUGGAAACUGCUGCUGUCUGGAGCCAUGGCUGGGGCAGUGUCUCGCACGGGCACAGCCCCUCUGGACCGCGCCAGGGUCUACAUGCAGGUCUACUCCUCCAAGGCUAACUUCAUGAACCUGCUGGGCGGGCUCCACAGUCUGGUGCAGGAGGGCGGGUUCCGCUCGCUGUGGCGGGGCAAUGGUAUCAAUGUCUUGAAGAUCGCUCCCGAGUACGCCAUCAAGUUCUCUGUCUUUGAGCAGUGUAAGAAUUUCUUCUGUGGAGUGCAUGGGUCCCCACCUUUUCAGGAGCGGCUCCUGGCAGGUUCCCUGGCUGUGGCCAUCUCCCAGACACUCAUCAACCCCAUGGAGGUUCUUAAGACUCGCCUAACUCUGCGCAGGACUGGCCAGUACACGGGACUGCUGGACUGUGCCAGGCAGAUCUUAGAACGAGAUGGCACCCGUGCCCUGUAUCGUGGCUACCUACCCAACAUGCUUGGCAUUAUCCCCUAUGCCUGCACAGACCUGGCAGUCUAUGAGUUGCUCCGGCAUUUGUGGCAGAAGUCGGGUAGAGACAUGGAGGACCCCAGUGGCCUUGUCAGCCUGUCCUCUGUGACACUGUCCACAACCUGUGGCCAGAUGGCCAGUUACCCGCUGACUUUGGUGCGCACAAGAAUGCAGGCACAAGACACCGUGGAGGGCUCCAACCCCACCAUGCUAGGAGUCUUUCGGAGGAUCCUCACCCAGCAGGGCUGGCCAGGGCUGUACCGAGGCAUGACUCCAACGUUACUGAAAGUUUUGCCAGCAGGUGGUAUCAGCUAUGUAGUGUAUGAAACUAUGAAGAAAACCUUGGGUGUGUACAGGUCGUGACCGGAGGACACACCCCAAUGAGGAAGGGCCUGGAACACCCAGUUGUCCCUGGAUCCAAAAGAACCCUCCACGGAUCAGGCUUUGGGACUGUUUUGGUUUUUUUAUUUUAUUUUUUUGGUUUUUGUUUAUUUUGUUUUGCUACAAAAGCCAGCUGGGGGACUGGGGUUAGAAGAUUCCCAAGGGUACUCUCCUAGAGGCUACAGUCUUUAGACCUGAGUUUGAACUCCAAUCUCGUUUCUGCCAGCUAUGUCCAACAUAAAGUGUAAAGAGAAAACCAGGAAUAAAGAUACUUUCUGCUG